GUUCAGAAUCAGUGGUGCUGCUGGAGAGUACACUCACCGUCUGCUAGCUCCAGCCAAAACCGACCACGAACCCUUCUCCUUUUUUUUUAACAUUUUAUUUAUUGCAACCGAUCCUCUGAUAAGCCUUUUCAAAACAAGAUGUAACUCACCACCGAACAUUUACAUCCUCACUUGAAUAAACCUACAUGUUUUAAAGAGCCGGGAUGAACAUCACUGAUGGAAGUUAUUGUGGCGAAUGUUUUAACUAUGGUAUGCCGAUGUGAUUGUUUAUUUUGCCCUUUACCCUUGGCGAUGGCUCCCUGAUUUUGGGAUUAUCGGUAAUUCCACGAUUCUGCCAGGAAUCAUCAGCGAUCGAAGAGGGAAUUCUGCACAUGCAGCCAAGCAAACUACAGGGGAUUUAAAUCGCAUUGCUCCGGGAAAAAGAAGAGAAGCAGGAAGAAAAUUAAUGUGGCGAUUCUCUCCUUAACAAUAAAUAAUUUUGGAUUGCAGAAUGAGCAAGGAAAGACCUAAGAGGAAUAUCAUUCAGAAAAAAUACGAUGAUAAUGAUGGGAUGCCCUGGUCGGAGGAGCGAGUGGUGCAGAAAGUGCUCUAUCUCUCGUUGAAGGAGUUCAAGAGCGCUCAAAAGCGCCAGCUCUGUGAUGACCUCAGCAAUGGAGGAAAAGGGCCUAAUGCUUCCUUGUCAAAUGGGCAGCUGAAUGGAUGUGGGUCUAAAGGAGGACAUAAAGAGCACGGGUCUUACUCUCAGAGUACAGAUGGAAGCAGCGAGUACUCAGAGGACUGCCCAGCCAAAAAGAGGCCCAGACUGCAUGCACAGAGGAAGUUUGCUCAGUCUCAACCCAACUCUCCCAGCACCACGCCGGUGAAGAUGGCCGACCCUUCUCUGCCCACGCCGCUCACACAUAUCACAUUCCUCUCCAGACGCAAGCCCAAGACCGAAGACUUCCUCACAUUCAUAUGCCUUCGAGGCUCACCGGCAUUACCCAGUAGCAUGGCUUACUUAGGCUGCUCUCAGGAUGAGGAGGAUCUGGAUGAUGAAGAUGAAAUUGAGGAAGAGAAACCACCCAGUGUGGCAUCUACGUCAUGCCAGUCUACGCCCAAGAAGGGUAAACAGUCUGGCAAGAUUAACGGAUUCGUGUUAAAUGGCCUUAAGGUACACAAGGACAAAGAGCUCACUCCCAGAUCCAGAGGCAGAGAGUCAUCUGCGGGAAGAGAUCGCAGCGAGGGAUGUGAUGCAUCUGGUGAGAUCUCCCACAAGCACACUGCGGCCACGGCCAAGAGCCGAAACACCAACGGCCACAACUAUAGACGAGCCGCAGAGGAACUCCGCAAGCAGGUCUCAAAAGUAAAUGGACUCACAAGGGCAUCAUCAGUUGGCAAGCAUACGGCCGGUGCCAAAAAGUCGAAAGACUUCCGUCUGCCGUCCAAAACUGUGAAGAACGCAGCCACCGUGACCAAGGGCCACGUCACCUACACCAAAGCAAAACAAGAACUGGUUAAGAAAGCCAAACUCAACCACAGCAAGCACACUGCUUCUGCUGGCCUUCAUGCUUACAGCAACAACCACCACCAUCAUUCUCAUCAUCCAACCAGCAACGGCCGUGGCCGGCCCCAGCUCUCUCACUCAGGAAAAGCCCAAAGUAUCAAUGCAAAAACCCGCAAACAGGUGCUAUUAUCGAAUGGGGUGCAUAAGAUGACUAAUGGGGGCCGGCCUAAUGGCAGGCUUAAUGGACGCCACAGUGCCAGGGAAGAGGAAGAAGAUGGCCGGCAAGUGCGGCAGGGACUGCGGAACUCUAAACGCAGAAGUGACGCCAUUAUGAUCCUUGGAGCUGGAACUGAGAGUGACAAGGUUAAGACUAAGCUGCCUGUUUCUGAGGUUAAGAAAGCUAAACUGCAGACUAGCCCACUGGAAACUCGCAGCAAGAAGGCCCUGGGUCAGUUCAAGCCCCCUAAUGCCUUCACUAUUGCACAUAGUAUCACUGAAAUGGCCGCCUCCCCUACUCAGAAAAUGGGUUCUGCCCCUCCUCCAUCUCCCCCUGCUGCUCCCGCCUCCCCAACCAUGCCCCAGAAUCCCGCUACCCCUGAGCCAGCACGUCAGCGGCCCAAACGCGCCUCUGCUGGCAAACUGAUGUUCAUCAGACAAGCACAGCAGAGGGUCCAAACUAACCCGGCCCUCAACCGGACCACAUCCACUACCUCAGCCAGCAAAUCCUUCAAACCAGCAGAGCCCACACACAUGCCUCCACCACGGCCGGACAGAGACAGGGAGAGGAGAAGGGCAGGGUGGGCGGCCUUGGAGGAGGUGCCAAUUUUCAAGCCCAGCUCCAGGGAGUUUCAGGACCCUUUGGUGUACCUUGACUCAGUUCGGGAACGGGCAGAUUCGUCUGGACUGUGCAGAGUGUUGCCUCCUCCUGACUGGAGGCCAGAGUGCAAACUCAAUGAUGACAUGCGUUUUGUGACACAGGUUCAGCGCAUCCACAAGCUGGGUCGGCGCUGGGGCCCCAAUGUUCAGAAACUGGCCUGCAUUAAGAAGCACCUCAAAUCUCAGGGCAUCUCAAUGGACGAGCCACCUCUUAUAGGUGGCUGUGAAGUAGAUCUGGCUCGUUUUUCUGAGCUGGUCUGCGACAUGGGUGGAAUGCAGCAGGUGAUGGACCUGAAAAAAUGGAGCCGGUUGGCCGACCUGCUUCGCAUUCCCAAAUCAGCACAGGACCGUCUGGCCAAGCUCCAGGAGGCCUACCUCCAGUACCUGCUCUCUUAUGACCUGCUCUCUCCCGAGGAGCACCGACAACUGGAGCAGGAGGUGCUGGCAGAAAAGGAAGCUCUGGAAUGCAAGCGGGGACCCCUGGAGGGCCACUCUGAUAUCGGCCAGCGGACUCUGGCUCUUCCCCGUUACGAACCCAAGAAUGGGCUCACCGGCCUCAACCACCGCAAUGGCUUCCGCAAUCACAACAAAGAGCCAGAUAACCAGCGGCAGACUGGCCGCCGCAGACUGUUUGCUCAGGAAAAGAAAGGGGAAAAAGUGGACAUUGAUGAGGCAGUUGAGGAGGCAGUAGAUGAAGGUGUUCUCAGUGACCAGCACAAAUGUAUAUACAAGACUGGCAGAUGUGCCAUUUCCUCAGGUAAUGAAGUGUUUAGAGAGAGCAUAGAGGGCUCACCGCUGAGCUGCCAGAGAAUGUGCCAGAAUUUCAAGCGUGAUGACAAUGUUUGCCUGUACACUGAACACAGAGCCACACUGCUGGGAAAGAAAGGAGGAAGGCUUAAUAUGUGAUGUGUUUUGGGUUUUAAUGCUGCCCAGGUUGGCUCUACAGUGGUUGAUGGUUGUGUCUCUAUGCUGUGCUCUGCAUCACAGAUCUGAGUUUCAUUUCAGAGCUAUGACCUGCUAAACUGCCAGAAUGAGUGUCUAUUUUGUUCCUCAGACAGAUUUAAAGGUUCAAAACACCAUAGAUCUAUUACAAACUCUAGUGAGCUGCCUGCCUAGGCAAUAUUUUAGACAUCAUAGGCGUGCUUCCGACUUGAAGCUAAAUUAUAGUGCUUUGAGAUCCCAUUUUGGCUAAAAUUAGUCUCAGCAGUGUAUGCACAUUUUUUUCUUCUGUGCAU